AUGAGUCGGUGUUGCGCUAGCGGUGGUGAUGGUGGUGAUGAUGGUGGUGAUGGUGGUGAUGGUAACUCAUUGCUGACCGGCGGUGAUUUAAUUUUUCGACCUUUGUCAACACUGAGCAGACACAAUUGGUCUCGAGUGGACAAAGUGAUGGACAAACUGGUCAAUCGAUUGGAGAAAGUUCAUGAUGACCCCUGGUUGAGACAUGACGUCAGCAAGAGCACUUCAGAAAGGUUGAGACAUGACGUCAGCAAGAGCACUUCAGAAAGGUUGACACAUGACUUCAACAAGAGCACGACAGAAAAGUUGACACAUGACUUCAACAAGAGCACGACAGAAAGGUUGACACAUGACGUCAACAAGAGCACGACAGAAAGGUUGAGACAUGACUUCAACAAGAGCACGACAGAAAGGUUGAGACAUGACGUCAACAAGAGCACGACAGAAAGGUUGAGACAUGACUUCAACAAGAGCACGACAGAAAGGUUGACACAUGACGUCAACAAGAGCACGACAGAAAGGUUGACACAUGACGUCAACAAGAGCACGACAGAAAGGUUGAGACAUGACUUCAACAAGAGCACGACAGAAAGGUUGAGACAUGACUUCAACAAGAGCACGACAGAAAGGUUGAGACAUGACGUCAACAAGAGCACGACAGAAAGGUUGACACAUGACGUCAACAAGAGCACGACAGAAAGGUUGACACAUGACGUCAACAAGAGCACGACAGAAAGGUUGACACAUGACGUCAACAAGAGCACGACAGAAAGGUUGACACAUGACGUCAACAAGAGCAAGACAGAAAGGUUUACACAUGACGUCAACAAGAGCACGACAGAAAGGUUGACACAUUGA